AUGCAGAACAGAAGGAAAGCCUUUGAUAAACUCUGUCCGAACAGGAUAGCUGAGAUCGCUCAUAGAGUCAGUAGGAAGCCGGAAAAGCCGGAGAGAAAGGUGUCCAGGAGGAUAUUUGGGCAGCCCGCAGGCCCUGUGACCGUGUAUGUGGACCAGUCCCCCAGCACUGUGGAUGCAGCGCUCUCUGCUAUUGACUGGCAGGACUUGGCUGACUGUGACAGUGUCAUACAGCAGGACGCCGCUAGGGGCAGCCUACCGCCGCAGGGACAUUGCUUGCAAAGUGAGCCUGAGUUUGAUCUGCAGGAAUUCAGAGAUGCCGUGGACAGUUUUAUUGAUGACCAGACCGCCCACAUGCAAACAGGAUUGGGUGCAACGAACUUCCUUGUCUUACCCUCCGAUGUUCCACCGUUUGAGCCAUGCAUGGUCCCCCAUAUCCAUGCACCUCAACCCCAACUCGCGCCCAUUAAUGUGCAGCCUAUUCCCUGCACAGAGCAAUUCUGGAGGGAUAUGGCUGAUCAGAACCAGAAAGCACUGGGAGACGCCUUAGUGGAGAACAACCAGCUGCAUGUGACCCUGAAUGAAAAGCAGGAGGAGAUCGCCUGCCUGAAAGAGAAAAACGUUCAGCUUAAAGAACUGGCAAAUCAGGCAAAUCAUUUGGCAUCUGUUCUUGAUAAGCUGAUGAGACAUCGGUCCAGGGAAGACACCGGACUUUCUUCAGACGCUCUACUGAGCAAGCCUCCAGUAAAAAGAAGUUUAGAAGAAUUCUAUCCACAGACCACCGAACAGGAAUGUCAUCAGGUGGAUGAGAUAUUGAGAGAAAUUUCCAAGAAGUGCAAUGCCGCCUUAAUGGGGGGUGUCCACAGUGAAGCCAAGCGUCCUAAACUGUAUUCUGAGGACGCCACAGAUAGCAAGGAUGAGGUCACCGCCACUAUCAAAAUGUGCGGAGCCUUUCAAGGACUAAAAACCACCACAGGUCACAGCUCAGUGAACUUGGGUAACACUGACUUAGAAGAAGACAUUACCUUCAGGACCUCCAUCAAAGACCACUGCACCAUUCGGACUCUUGCCUUCCCCCAGGGAAAUGCCUUUACCAUUAGGACCAAUGAAGGAGGUUCUAAGUUUAGAUGGGUCCCCAACUGA